AUGCGUCUCCUCGUGGUUGCUGCUCUGGCUGCUGCCUUGGCCCUGGCCGAGUCCGCCGCCCUGGACAAGAAGGCCGUCGUCGGCGAGGAGCUCCUGGACGAGUUGGAAAAGAUGGUCGCCGCUAAGGUGAAAGAAAAGGAGUGGCCGCCAUUGUGUGUGUGGGAUAAGUCAGGAUGCGACAUUUCAGGCUUCACCAAAACCCUUGCGGACCAGGAUGACAUUGCAGUCUCUGGAUACGGACUGUCCAUUCCAGAUGCCAUUCAACUGGUUGGUGCGCACCUGGACCACGAAACUGGACAGAUUGACGAUGUAGCUGCCUUGGGAGCGGACAUUGCAGCAGCGGGGUCCUACCAUGCAGGCCGCAUGGUGGGGUACGAGGAUGCCGUGACCGGGGUGUCCGCAGCUCUCGGCCUGGAGGAGAAGAAAUCAUUGCCAGCCUCAAAGAAGAACGUUGAGGUUGCCGAACUGCUGCAGAAGCUUCGCGAGUACGUCCGCGACCUGAACCAGAAGUAGGCCCGAUUACCAACCCUGACCUGACUGUUAACUGGGACGGACUGAAGAACAUGUGCACAAUAUAAUCGGCUAAAUCAUUGCUAUUGAAUGGAAUCAGUUGUAACACAACGUCGUGCAGUUCAAAGUUGUAAAUUUUCAUUAGUGAUAGUAAAUUGGAAGCAACUUUGCUUCAGUUUGUGGUUUCGGUUAAAGCCAGGGCCACUGAUUUAAUGACUAUGCAACUAUCUGCGAUAGAAAACCGCUGUGCUACUUUUAUGUAACUUGUUUGUUUGAAUACUAGUACGACGAUUUUACUUUUUUUUUACAAUCUCUGAGUGCCAGUAUUGUCAGUUUUCUUGCAGGCCAGUUAGAUUUCUUUUCUUUCGUUCGCAAGAAACAAUUAUUCAAGAACGUCCGCAACUUCCUGCAUUCACGCUGUUGUAAAAAGAAUAAAGGCAUCACAUUGCAA